AUGGGCAACUUCAAACCCUUUGGUGGCCCCAACAAACUUAACCAGAUGAAGGUGUGUCCCAGCACUCGCAAUUUCAUUGGUUACGCAGCUCCACCUGUAGCUUGUGGGUGCGUUAUAUGCAUCUUCUGUAACUUUGGACCACUGUAUCUGGUAAAGGUGUGUCCCAAUGCUGCCUUGGUCGAGCCAGGGUUUUAUGCUCCAGUCAAGUACUUUUCCGCAGCCCAGGCAUCUAAAGCACAGAGAGCCACACACGGAAGAGGCUUUUUACAGAGCUCUCCUUUGAAGUUGUACAUUCUACAGUCUGUUCUCCAGGUAAAGCUGAGCACAAAGCAGUACCCAAACUUCCUUCACAACUCCAAGCCACUGAGCCAUAGCAAGUGUCAGGACUUUGCCAAUCACUUCAUGGGAUUUAAUGGAUGCAGUGAUCGUGUGGUUCAAGACAUCCUUGAUGUCCAAAACAGUCUAGAAGGAAAAGCAGCAGCUCCUUGGUAA